AUGUUCGUUGAAUCGGUUGCUGCAUGGAGAACGAAUGCUGUUGUUGCAAUCGUUGUUGUUGCAUUUGUUGUUGCUGCUCCAGCUGUUGUUGUUGUUGCUGCUGCUGUUGCCUUUGAAAUGCCAGAUUUUGCUGCUGUUGUUGAGCCAUGUACAUGUCUCGCACUCGCUGCUGUUGCAUGGCAAGCUGUUGUUGUUGUUCCGCAGCUGAUUGCUGCCUCAUUUGCGAUUGAUAUCGUGGAGCUCGAGAGCAAUAUCAACGAACCGUUUGUUGUACGUCCAUUCGCAUUUGUUGAUGUUGUUGUUGCAAUUGUUGUUGUUGGUGUAGCUGUUGUUGUAAUUGCGGUUGAACUGGGACCGGCUGAUGCGAAAGUCGUUGUUGCUGUUGUUGUUGUUGUUGCUGCUGCUGUUGUACGCUCUGCUGAUGGUAUUGCUGCUGAUGAACAUGUUGCGGUUGUUGUUGAUGUGUUGAUUGCUGUUGGUGUUGCACUCCAAAACCAAAUUGGCUUUGCGGUGGUGUUGAGUGUGCUUGAGGUUGAGCAAAAGGCUGCGCCGGCUGAAAAGGGGAGCUUGGUUUUCUUUUUGAAAAAAGUUCAAUACCGCUAA